AACAUUUCCUUGUCCUCUGGCCUUGACUGGUGUUUUGUCAUUCAUAGCUAGGUUAAAGUUUCGCUACUAUGGGAAGUAUUACAGAUGUUUACUCCUCUGUCUGCAAAGAACUAAAACUACGAACUAAUCGAUACAUUUUAGAAGUCCUGCAAGAGACGGAGGGGAAGACGGGAGACAUCACACUCAAACUGACUGGGAACGACAGGCUGAGAAAGGUAGAACAAGUGACCAACAAAGAUGCUCUCGCUCUGUCCAGAACCCUCCGAGACAACGACUCAGUGACAGGUCUGGACUUGAGGUACAACUGCAUCACAGACGAGGGGGCGGGACACCUCGCUGACCUCCUCAAGGAGAACGUGUGUCUGCGCUCUCUGGACCUGACGUGUAACGACAUUCAGACAGACGGAGCUGAAUACAUUGCAAAGAGUUUGACUUCUAAUGAUGCCCUCCUGUCUCUGAGGAUGACUGGUAAUAAGAUAGGGAAUGGAGGAGCCAUGCACUUCGCCAGCAUGCUGCAGGUCAACUCUACACUACAGGAGCUGGACGUGGCCGACUCUGACCUGGGGACUCAGAGUGUGAUAGCGUUUGCCAUCGUCUUGAACAACAACAAGAGUCUCCGAUCUGUCAACAUCAGCAGACCUCUACUCUUCAGCCACCAGGAGGAGACAGCGGUCCAUCUGUCAGGUAUGUUGGUGGUUAAUCAGUGUCUGAGGGAGCUGCACCUGGGAAAGAUGGGCAUGACUGACUGUGGAGUGGAGAGACUCACUGACGCCCUGAGAACCAACUACACCCUCAAAUACCUGGACUUACGCUGUAACCGUGUGACUCGUGAUGGGGCGCGGUGUCUAGCAAAGGUCCUGAAGAACAAUGGAACCUUGGAGAUUCUGGACCUGGCGUUCAAUCGCAUCGAAGACGAUGGCGCCCUCUACCUCAGCCAGGCUAUCGCCCUGCCCACCUGCAACCUCAAAGCGUUGUCUAUCCCCAGUAAUAACAUAGCUACUGUUGGUCUGGUGUCUCUGUCUCGGGCCAUGCAGGCUAACAACACUCUCACACACAUCUACAUUUGGGGGAACAGAUUGGAGGAGCCUGUCUGUCAGGCUUUCAGUGAUCUGCUGUCCAGUGGUCGUCUGUCGUCGGAGCAGACCGAUGUGUGUGUGUACGAGGUGGACGGGUGUGUGUGUCUGGCUGAGGUCUUCCAUGGGCUGAAGAGGCACUACUACUGGACACCCAGCUACGGACAGGAUUUAAAUCCUGCUAGCAAUGCAGCUGUGACCCUCACAAAUACACAACUCUAUCCUAACUAACUCCUCACACAUACCCUAAACCCUUAAUAAUACUACCCACAUUCAGUUUAACUUGAUGCAUAUAUGCACUCUAAUAAAUAUCUAAUAAACUGUUUUAAGUAA